GCCGUGGGCUUGAAUUAAAUUGGCCAGACGGACUCUCAAGACCUCCUCGACGAAUGUUCGCCGCACCGAAGCAAUUCAAAGAGAAGCGUUUUAUUGGGAGGUGAAGCGACCAGACUGGCAAAUAACAUACAAUAAUCACUGAACUGUGCUUUCCUUCUAUAGACAGUCAUACUUUUCUCCAGUCGGGAGAGAAUUCAGGGUGAGCGCGAUAUGCUUUCUUGAGCUUCCAGCGUGGAUGAAAAAGCUACGGUCGAGUUCUUUGAAAGCAGGAAAAUCUACAGAAAAAACUAAAUAUUGAAAUUAAACCCAUGUUUUUGUGAGAAAGAAUUAGAACGAAUAAUCUGAAAGCUUUUUACAUCCUCGAACAAGCCAGCCAGCCAGCCAGCCAACCUCGUGGAUUUAGCAGCAACAUUCCUGCUCACCCCGAUCCAUAUAUAUACACCGAGAGACAAUCUAGAUGUCUCUGGAGUGAGCUCGCCCUGCAAAAUAUUUACAUCUGUGGCCAAAAUCCAGUGUUCCAUCUCAAGGCGUCUGUUCACCAAGUGGGAAUUUAUCACCCUUCUUGUUAAGCUGUUCUUGUUAAGAUGUCUGGAAUCUCAUUUGCACCUUCAAAUGUAUCUGUGGGCUCAGAGGCCUCUGAAGAAAUUUACAGGACACGGCUGUUAUCUCAGCAAACAGGAGAUGUGUUUACAAUACCCUCUGCUAAGUCCAGCUCUAGACCAGACACCAAGUCAGGCUCUCGUCAAGACACAGACUUGCUCUUGGAACAAAACCCAUUUAAAAUCCCAGCAGAUAUUGAUAUUUUCUUGCUGCGGGACAAACAGAAAGAAAAAGCCAGGAUGGAGCGAGAACGACGGAAGACUCUGAAGGUCCAUGAGAAGAUGACGUGCUCCACUUUGCAGAGUGCCAAACAGUCGGGGUUCAAGAAAGAGAUCCAGAUGGAAGAAGAAGCUGAGGACAACGAGUUAGCAGCAGAAGCUGAACGACUCAAAGCUCUCCGAGAAAGCAUCUCUUGGAAGAUAGCAAUUACUAAAGACCAGGUUGUAGAGAGAGAGACCAUGUAUGACUACAUCAAUCAGAAACGACAGAUGUUCUUGCUACAGUAUGCUGUAACUGUGAAAAAAGAUGAAAUUCAGAAACUGGAAAAUCUGGCAGUGGAAGAAGAAGCAAAGCUGGAAAAAGCUGAGGAAGACCUGGAAAGGGACGCUGCCAUGUUUGAUGAGUUCCUGAAAGAGAAUGACCGAAACUCUGCACAAGCCCUGAAAAUUGCUGAAAAAGAAACCAAAGCAAAACUGGAGAAAAUAAUUGAGAUCCGAGAGCUGACAGCACAAAUGAUGAACAUCCAAAGUGAGAUAGCCCGGUUUGAGGACACUUUGCAGGAGUAUGUGGUGUUCAGGGAUUUCCUCUACCAACUGUCUCCCAAAGAAUGGCGGGAUGAUUAUGAAAGACGACGGAUGAAAGGAAAGGCGAAUAAACACAGUUCUGACAUUAAAGAUGAAAAAAUUACAUCACAACUAUCAAAAGGGAAGGAUGCUCGAGAUCUUCGAGACAAGAGCCGACGUCAAGUACCAAGCAUAACAAAACAUUCUAGUUUUGACUUGUCUAACACAGACCUUAGCUCUUCCAGAACUCCAAGCCAAAUUUUGUCUAGAAGAGAGUCUUUCAGAUUAAGCCGAGUAUCUUCUAGGCAGACUCUGAGGUCUCAACACAGCAGAAGACCGAGCGUUCAGAUUGCCACAUCAGAAGAAAAAUUUACUCCAGAAUUAUCUGAUGAAGAUGAUGAUGAGGAACCUGAAUUAUACUUUACAGAUCCAUACCAACUGCUGCACCUUUUCACAGAGCUGGAAGAACAGAACUUGUCUCUGAUUCAGAAUUCUCAGGAGACAGAGGAAACCUUGGAUGAGCUUCGACAUACUUUGGUUAACACACGCUAUAAAAUGGACCGUGAAAUAGAACAGUUGAAACUGCUUGCUGUCACUCUGCAAGCCAACAUUAUUAAAGAGGAGGAGACAGCAGCAGACCUUGAACUUAAAGCACGUGUCUUUUCUUUUGGGGAAUACAAAGCAGAUGUUCAGGAUAAAAUGUUGGUGAAUUUGCAUCGAAAGGUGCUGGAAGUCUAUCGUCGCUGCAUUGGGGAGAAUGAGGCAAACCUAGGAACCUUGCAGAUGCUCACUGUUAUAGAACACCAGUUAGAUGAUUUACUAGAAUGCCUUGAAAGGGUAUCUCCAGCAAAGAUAGAACAAGCUGAGAAAGCCAAAGAGAAAGAACGAAGGAUGAGGAUGAGAGAAGAAAAGAUCAGGCAGCAGAGGCUGUUGCAGGAAGAGAGGUUGCAACGGGCCCUGGCAAGAGCACAAGCUGAUGUUAAGAAGAAGACUGGCAGAAGAUUAAUUUUUCGUUCUGAGCCUCCUGCAUUCAAGGAGAAAGAAGAUCAGGAUCAGGGGCUGAUUGAUAAAGAAAAAGAAGAGCUGCUGUACUACUUUACUUAGCAGUUGAAAGCUGUAAGAAGUUUCGAAGCAAGUGACAAACUAACAGAAAAUGCUUCAGUGGAUAGUCUGCAAAUUUGAGGAGAAAGCUAUUCUAUCCUAUAUAUAGUGACACACAGCAGAUCAGAAUAUAGAUGAAAUCUGUUCAUAGCUGUAAACCAGAAAUCCAAAUUUUGCUCAGUUUUUAUUGCCUGUAAAUUAAGAGUAAUAGAAAACAAUGUCUACCAAAGUGAACCAAAAUAUCAUAAUCAGACUAGUCUAGUCUUGCAGCUAGAAAAAUGGAUGUACCAGUGACAUGUAUGAAUUUCUUUUAAAAAGUUUCAAUCUUCAAAAUCAGAUUUAAAUUUCUUGUAAUUAAGCAGACUGUAUGGACAUAACCCCCCCCAAAAAAAGGUUGAAAUGGAGAAACUGGACAUUAAUUGGUUUUAUUAGUCCUUUUAACUGUGAUUAUAAAUAUCCACUGCCAGCAAUGGACUUUGCCAGAAUAAAUCUGAGGCUUGCUCUCAAGCAAUUAGGAAUUUACAACGGUAGUUAAAACUGAGUAUAUAAACUUCAUAAAAGAACACAUUUGCCUGUCCAACAGAAGCAAUGGCUUAUUCUUCAAUAAGCAAGACUCCGUAAAACAGAAGCACCACGUUAGAUGGAUACAGUUCACAUUCUUACCCAGUUAGGGAUCCUCUUUUGGUUAAAAAGAACUGAGUGGUCUGCCCCAGACAUGCUUUUAAGGAAACAUAGGCCACACCUCCUAUGAAAACCAUAAAAAGCUAUUUCUACUCAAAGAAAGGGAAAGGGGGGGGUGAGCAGGCUUCUUGUGGCCCACCUACUUAACCUAAACCUGCCUCUGGCGCUUGAUAAAGGCCAGGUGUGCUUGCAUCUCACCUUGCAGAGGAUCACUAUCGCAGUAAGUGUGUGAACUAUUCCACUGAGUUUCUAUUUGAGGUGACAAUUUUUGAGGACAAAAUGCCCCCAUUUUUCUUUAAAACUGAACCUCAGUGAUAGAAAGAAAAGACAAAAUGCUUUAGAAAUAAGCAGUUUGUUCACUUUUUCACUUAAAGGUUUUAUCUCAGAAAUAAAAAUAAUUUAUGUUUUGAUAAUGUAAAUGUAUAGUAAUAGGUCAAGCUAGUCAGGUAAAUGUUUUACACAGACAAUGAAAAAUAUCCAGUCAAGAUUUUUUUUCUAAAAAACAUUCACAAAUCAAAAUCUUAAUGUGAUCUGUAUAAAAUGCUUCCAAACUACAUUCUUCUGAAAAUGAAGUUCAAAAGGCACAGCAUUAAUAAGUAUAUUUCUAUUUAUGGGUAAAUCUUAAUUUGGAAUUACUAUUAGGGAUAAUCUAAGACAGAAAUGAUUCAUGGUUUAAUAACACAGUAGAAAAUAGUAUUUCCAAAGCCAUUCUAGCUGUAUUAUCCUUCUGGUGAUAUAAUAUGAAGAGAGACCAGGCCCAAGCACCUCCCUCCAGAUUUCAACAGCUCUAAGAAAUAUAUUUCCUAAAGCUCCUGACUUCCAAAGCAGGGAUGGCAGGUCCCUUACUACACCAAAUGUUGCACAGUAAUAGUUUAAGGUCCAGAGAAGGCUGUUUAUCAGUCUUCCUCUCGGUCAGUGCUGCCAAACGUUUCAGUGGCAAUAGGGCGAAGGUAGUUUUACUUAAGCAAGAGUUUCAGGAAUAUGAACCCAAUUUAGAAUGAGAUGGGAGAAGGGUCAAUCUAGAGAAAUUUGUUGCUGACUCUCCAUACAUUCAAAACAACUGACCUUAAUUUUAGUGCAUCUCCUAACUGUAAAUAAAUAUGCAAAUUCACAAGUGUUCCUCUGUGGGAUAUCUUUGUAUAAAAAACAGCAGUGCUCACACAACUUUUUAACUAAGCUGUACAUAGGCAUAAUUUUAAUGCCAUGUAGGCAUCUCAUGAAUAGAGUGUUUAAGUUCCAGACUUAAAUUUUUUGUAAAAUACUGACAUUUUUCUCUGCUUAGCUGAAAUCUUAGUAUUUGUUCUUAAAAGGCUGUAUGAAUUAUUUCCUAUUAUAUAUAAUAAAAGGGUUUUUUAAAACAUAUAUUUAAAGAUGUUCUUUUCAUUUCAGUCAAGAUGUUACUUACAUGCAACUGACACUAGCUGGAAGCUCUUUCCUCAAUUAGAUAGUCUGUAUGUAAAUGGUAAACAGACCAUCAGUGUAAUCAUUUCCACAUUUAUUUGGGAGUAAGCUCUACUGAAAUUGGCAAGACUUAUUUUUGAGCAAAAAUGCACAUGAUGGGUAUAUGUAAUAAAAGUGACUUCGUACAAAUUGGCAAUACUGUUUUAUAUUAUUGUAAACAUAACCAAAGUGAUAAGAAUUAACAUCUGCUAGGCAGCUUUCUAAAGUUCAGUGUACAAUGCUAAAUUAGAGAUAGCAAGAGCAAGAAAUCAUAUUGCUCUACUAAUUCAACCUUUACUAUCCCUGAGUAUGGUACUAUUUUUUAUGUUCUUAUCUCUUUAAAAUGUCAGUUUGCAAAAAUAAAGAUAAUUGGUUUUCCUGUUUAUUCCUUCAUUUUAACCCAAAAGGUAAUUAGGGGUUCAUUUCUUGUAUCAAGAAAAAAGUGCUAAGCUUAACUGUUAUGUAGUAUUCUGAUCAUUAUUCUUAAAA